AUGCCCGCCAAAGCACCCUUUGCCAUUAUAGGAGCAGGCCCCAGCGGUCUGACUCUCGCCCGGCUACUCGAGGUCAACAACAUCGAUUACAUCGUCUAUGAGCGUGACGAAAGGCCGGUGCCCAAGUCCAUCAAUCAAGGAGGAACUCUAGACAUCCAUGCCUCUACUGGUCAACUUGCUCUCAAGGAGGCCCGGUUACUUGACAGAUUCAGGAGCAUUGCUCGAUGGGAUGCAUGUCGUGUGUUCAUGCAGAACCCUUCAGGUACCAUCAAGGCUGUAUUUGGAGAAGACCGCGAUGCUCCUGAGAUUGAUAGGCUGCAACUUCGGAAGUUGUUGCUUGACUGUAUCCCGACUAACAAGAUUCGUUGGGGUCACCAUGCAAAGUCUAUUGAGAGAGGAGAAACCGCUGCUGAGCAUGUCAUUUCUUUUUCCAAUGAUAAUUCUGUUUCUGGCUUCCGUGCUAUCAUUGGGGCUGAUGGAGCGUGGAGCAAGGUGCGCCCACUGCUGAGUUCAGCGAAACCUGAAUACUCUGGUAAAUUCUUCAUUGAAGGCAGCAUAUCUCACGACAACCCCAGCUGCACUGCCGCACUGGAACACGCAGGUCCAGGGAACAUGCUCGCAAUGGGACAGCACAAGAUCAUGGCCGUUCAGCAGCUAGCUGACCGUUCCUAUCGAUUCUCUAUGGGUAUGGAUGCGCCGGAAGAGCUCUAUCGCAGACCUCUGAGUCAUGAAGACACUGAGGACAUUCGUCAGAAAUUUCUGUCGUCACCAAAGCUCUUCGCAAACUGGGCUCCGAACCUGAGGGAAUAUCUGACCAAUGCUGAAGGACCAUUUCAUACAUGGCCUUUAUAUCGCUUACCCGCUUCGUCCGUUGGUUGGCAACGAGUCCCUGGAGUUACCCUUUUUGGAGAUGCUGCUCAUCUUGCCACGCCGCUUGUGGGCGAAGGAGUCAAUAUGGCGAUGUUGGAUGCUCUCAUGCUGGCGAAGGCGAUCGUUAAGUACUGUACGCAAACUAGUAGCGUAGACACUGAGGACAAUGCGCUGGAAAGCGCAUUGACGGAAUACGAGAAGGGGAUGUUUCAACGUGGCCAGGACUACAUACGACGCUGUAUGGCAAGAGAAGUGGAGUUCCUUUCGGAGAAUGCGGCGGAGGACUCCAUCAACAUGAUCAACGGCGAUGAGUAA